AUACCGUAUUUCAUGCCGGCAGUAGUGACGUGUCGUCAAGUCGUGUCAAAUCCGGAAGGUUAGAAGGAGGGAAUGUUUUGUUAGAUACAAUUCCUUUAGAUAUUUCAUUAAAAUAUGUUGACAAAAUUUGAGACAAAAUCUGCCCGAGUGAAAGGGCUAUCGUUUCACCCGAAACGUCCCUGGGUUCUUGCAAGUUUACACAAUGGAGUUAUACAAUUAUGGGACUACCGUAUGUGUACUUUAUUAGAUAAAUUUGAUGAACAUGAUGGACCUGUUCGUGGAAUAUGUUUCCACAAUCAACAGCCAUUAUUUGCAUCUGGUGGUGAUGACUACAAAAUUAAAGUAUGGAACUACAAACAAAGAAGAUGCAUUUUCACAUUACUAGGUCACUUGGAUUACAUUAGAACAAUUGUAUUCCAUCAAGAAUACCCAUGGAUCUUAAGUGCAUCAGAUGAUCAAACAAUCCGCAUAUGGAACUGGCAGAGCCGUACCUGUAUUUGUGUCUUAACAGGACACAAUCACUAUGUAAUGUGUGCACAGUUCCAUCCUACAGAAGAUAUUAUAGUAUCAGCCUCUUUAGAUCAAACAGUAAGAGUAUGGGACAUUUCUGGCUUAAGAAAGAAAAAUGUAGCUCCUGGUCCAGGAGGCUUGGAAGACCAUUUAAAGAACCCUGGAGCAACAGAUUUAUUUGGCCAAGCUGAUGCUGUUGUAAAGCAUGUUCUUGAAGGUCACGAUAGAGGUGUUAACUGGGCAUGUUUCCACCCUACAUUACCAUUAAUUGUUUCCGGUGCUGACGACCGUCAAGUCAAAAUGUGGAGAAUGAAUGAUGCUAAAGCAUGGGAAGUCGACACCUGCCGCGGACAUUACAACAAUGUUUCUUGCGUCUUGUUCCACCCUAGACAAGAUUUAAUUCUCUCAAACUCAGAAGACAAGAGUAUCCGCGUAUGGGACAUGUCCAAACGCACUUGCUUGCAUACAUUUAGAAGAGAGCAUGAAAGAUUCUGGGUCCUUGCAGCACACCCUACCCUAAAUCUCUUUGCUGCUGGACAUGACUCUGGAAUGAUCAUCUUCAAACUAGAAAGAGAACGUCCAGCAUAUGCAGUAUAUGGAAACGUUCUUUAUUACGUGAAGGAGCGUUUCCUUAGAAAAUUAGAUUUCACUACUUCUAAAGAUACAUCCGUUAUGCAGAUACGUGGAGGUGGAAAGACACCUCCGUACAGCAUGUCCUAUAAUCAACCUGAGAAUGCUGUCUUAAUUUGUACUAGAGCGCCUAAUAAUAUUGAAAACAGCACUUAUGAUUUGUAUAUGAUACCUCGCGAGGGUAGUUCUAGUACCGAUGCUGAUACAAAGCGAGCUUCAGGGGUCACUGCCAUUUGGGUUGCUAGAAACCGUUUUGCUGUAUUAGACAGAGCAUAUUCAUUGGUGAUCAAGAAUUUGAAAAAUGAAGUUACCAAGAAGGUGCAAAUUCCAAAUUGCGAUGAGAUAUUUUAUGCUGGCACAGGAAUGCUUCUUUUACGAGAUGCUGAUCAAGUAAUCCUUUUCGAUGUUCAACAGAAGAGAACAUUAGCAGAAGUUAAGAUCUCUAAAUGUAGAUACGUUGUUUGGUCCAAUGAUAUGUCUCACGUCGCUUUACUUGCCAAACAUACAGUUAAUAUUUGCAAUAGACGAUUAGAAUCUCUGUGCUCUGUUCAUGAGAAUACUAGAGUGAAAUCAGGAGCCUGGGAUGACUCAGGAGUUUUCAUUUACACUACUAGUAACCACAUAAAAUAUGCAAUUAACAAUGGUGAUCACGGUAUCAUUCGUACAUUAGAUCUUCCGAUAUACGUAACCAGGGUUAAAGGCAACCAAGUUUACUGUCUAGAUAGAGAAUGUAGACCAAGGAUUCUUAGAAUAGAUCCUACUGAAUAUAAAUUCAAAUUAGCUCUAAUUAAUAGAAAAUACGAGGAAGUUCUGCAUAUGGUUCGCAAUGCAAAUCUCGUUGGCCAAUCUAUAAUUGCAUAUCUACAACAAAAGGGGUACCCUGAAGUUGCUUUGCAUUUUGUAAAAGAUGAAAAGACAAGAUUCGGUCUCGCACUCGAAUGUGGCAAUAUAGAAGUCGCCUUAGAAGCUGCAAGAUCCCUUGAUCAAAAACCCUGUUGGGAAAGUUUGGCUCAAGCAGCUUUAUUGCAAGGAAACCAUCAGGUCGUUGAAAUGUGUUAUCAAAGAACUAAGAAUUUCGAAAAAUUAUCAUUCCUUUAUCUCAUAACUGGUAACUUAGAAAAAUUACGCAAGAUGAUAAAAAUAGCAGAGAUUAGAAAGGAUGUAUCUGGACAGUACCAGGGUAGUUUAUAUCUUGGUGAUAUCUGUGAACGUGCAAAAAUAUUACGGAGUUCUGGCCAAGCUUCUUUAGCAUAUGUAACAGAAAAAAUUCAUAGCAUUUCAUCUCCAGAGGACGAUGUCCUUUACAGUUCCAUGAGCGAAGAGCUUUCAUCUCUUGAAAAGGGAGCAGAAUAUCUUCGACCUCCGGUACCCAUUCAACAGGCUGAGAAUAAUUGGCCAUUAUUAACAGUCUCGAAAGGUUUCUUCGAAGGUGCAAUGAUGUCACGGGGUAAGAGCCAAGUGGCUGCUGCAUUGGCUCCAGAAGACGAUAGCUCUGUACCUGCUGAAGGCUGGGGUAAUGACGAAGAAUUAGGAAUAGAUGAUGAAGAAGGUAUCGAGAAUGAAAACGUUCCUGAAGGAGAAGAAAGCGCUGGGUGGGAUGUUGAGGAUGUGGAUCUUCCACCUGAGCUUGAAACUACGGCAACUGCAGUGGAAGAUGGUUAUUAUUCACCACCGACAAAAGGAGUGCCAUCAACUCAGCACUGGAUGAAUAAUUCCCAAUUGCCUGUAGAUCAUAUUCUAGCUGGGUCAUUUGAAACUGCAUUUAGAUUACUGAAUGAUCAAGUUGGCGUUGUUGAAUUUGAAGCUUAUCAGAAUCUUUUCUUGAAUACAUUUGCUCGUGCCAGAACAUCAUUUGCUUCGUUGCCGAAUAUACCUUCCUUGUAUGGAUAUCCUCAGAGAAACUGGAAAGAAACAAAUCCAAAAAGCGGUCUCCCUGCAGUUGGGUUGCAUCUUACUGAUUUAGUUCAAAGACUUCAAGUAUGCUAUCAUUUGACGACUGGUGGAAAAUUCCCAGAGGCAAUAGAAAAGCUUCAAGCUAUUUUACUCAGUGUACCAUUGCUGGUUGUUGAUACCAGACAAGAUAUCGCAGAAGCUCAACAAUUAAUUCAAAUCUGCCGAGAAUAUAUCCUUGGUUUGAAGAUGGAAACUGAGAGGAAGAAUCUUCCUAAAGCUACUUUGGCUGAGCAAAAACGAAUCUGCGAAAUGGCAGCUUACUUUACACACUGCAAUUUACAACCCAUUCAUCAAAUACUCACGUUAAGGAUAGCUGUAAAUAUGUUCUUCAAGUUGAAGAAUUAUAAAACUGCUGCUUCCUUUGCAAGAAGGUUACUCGAACUGGGACCUAAACCUGACUUAGCUCAACAAGUUCGAAAAAUUUUACAGGCAUGCGAUAAAAAUCCAGUAGAUGAACACCAAUUAGCGUAUGAUGAACACAAUCCAUUUUCUUUAUGUGCAAGCACGUUCGUUCCAAUUUACAGAGGAAAACCGGAAGUUAAAUGUCCAUUAUGUGGUGCAACUUAUUUGCCACAAUUUAAAGAUACAGUGUGUAAGAUUUGUGAAGUAGCAAUAAUUGGUAAAGAAUGUAUUGGUUUGAGGAUAAGUCCUGUACAAUUCAGAUAAUUUUUUAUGUUUUUUUUUGCAUUAAUAUAUCUGACACUACUGAUGAA